AUGGAGAAUCACUAUUUAUCAUUAGAUGAUAAUGAGAAAUACAUUUCUUCAAUAAAUACAGAAAUUUUCUAUAUUUCAGAUGAAGAUGAUGCAUAUGAAAAAGAGCUUGUUCGAAAUCCGUUUUCUUUAAGCUCAUGGAUGCGGUAUAUUGAACAUAAAGCAGAUCAACCAAUUCAUGAGCAAGUUUUUAUCCAUGAAAGAGCAUGUUUAGAUCUUCCUGGAAGCUACAAACUUUGGAGACAAUAUUUGGGUCUUCGGAAACGUCAUUUAGAAGGAUUAAAUUAUGCUAGAUAUGAGCAAGAAUAUGAAAAAGUGAAUUUAUGUUAUGAAAGGGCUCUGUUUUUGCUUAAUAAGAUGCCUCGGGUUUGGAUGGAUUAUCUAGAAUUUCUUAUGAAACAAUGUAAAAUUACUCGAACUCGACGAACAUUUGAUAGAGCAUUAAGAACUUUGCCUGUUACACAACAUGAAAGAAUAUGGAAGCUUUACAAGGAUUUUUCUCGGUCUGCAUCAGGAAAAACUGCAGUUAAAGUUUGGAGACGUUAUGUUAUGAUUUUUCCAGAAAUGAUUGAAGAGUUCAUAGAAUUGUUAAUAGAAAUGGAAUAUUACGAUGAAGCAGCAUUCCAAUAUAUAGUUUUGCUUAAUAAUCCAGAAUUCGAAUCGAUUCAAGGGAAAAGUUACUUUCAUCAUUGGGUCGAGUUUUCUGAGCUUAUAACAAAAUAUCCAGAUAGAGUUAAAGGGAUAAAUAUAGAAAAAAUUCUAAAAUCUGCUAUAAAGCGUUUUACCGAUCAACAAGGGAAAUUUUGGACUAGUUUGGCAACUUAUUUCAUUACAAUAGGUGAUUUUGAAAGAGCUCGUGAUGUUUUUGAAGAAGGUAUUGUUAGCGUUGUUACAGUUAGAGAUUUUACUCAAAUUUUUGAUACAUAUGUGGAAUUUGAAGAAUCUGUUAUAUCACGAACUUUGGAAGAAAUAUCAAAAGAAGAUCAAACGGAGUACAGCGAUCCCGAUAAAUGUUUGGAUUUGGAUAUUAGAAUGAGUCAAUUUGAGCAAUUAAUGAAUCGAAGACCAUUUCUUAUAAAUGAUGUAUUACUUCGACAAAAUCCAUAUAAUGUUGUUGAAUGGGAAAAAAGAGCUGGACUUUGGAAAAAUGUUGAAGAGAAAAUUGUAGAAACUUAUAUCGAUGCUAUUAAGACUAUAGAUCCAAAAAAAGCAGUAGGAAAAUUUAGCUCACUUUUCAUCAAUUUUGCUAAAUUUUUUGAAAAAAAUGGUGAUCUUGAUACUGCAAGAAUAAUUAUGGGAAAAGCUGUUCUUGUUCCGUUUAAAAGUGUAAAUGAGCUUGUAGAUAUCUGGUGUGAAUGGGCUGAACUUGAACUUCGAAAUAACAAUUUUGAUCAAGCAGUAAAAAUUAUGAGGAAAGCAACUAAUUCUCCAGAAAAGACUAAUGUUGAUUAUUUUGAUGAGAAAUUAACUCCUCAACAACGUCUUCAUAAGUCAACAAAACUAUGGAUGUUUUACGUUGAUCUUGAAGAAAGCGUUGGAACAAUUGAGUCCACAAAAGAUGUAUAUAAUAAAAUACUAUCUUUAAAGAUUGCUACGCCUCAAACUAUAAUUAAUUAUGCAAAUUUUCUUGAAGAAAAUAAAUAUUUUGAAGAAAGUUUUAAAGUAUAUCAAAGAGGAGUCGAAUUGUUUAGCUAUCCUGUUGUUUUUGAAAUCUGGAAUUUAUAUUUGAGUAAAUUUAUAAAACGUUAUGGCGGUACAAAAGUCGAAAGAACCAGAGAUCUUUUUGAGCAGUCUCUUAAAGGAUGCCCCUCAAAUAUGUGUAGACCAAUUUUUUUAAUGUAUGGGAAUUUUGAAGAAAAAUAUGGUUUAAUGAGACAUGCAAUGAAUUUAUAUCAUCAAGCUACUGAAAUGGUUUCAGAGGAAGAUAAGGCUGAUAUGUUUAGAUAUUAUAUAUCUAAACUAAGAGUAAAUUAUGGCCUUAUAUCAACAAGACCUAUAUAUGAAAGGGCAAUUAAUAUUCUUCCUGAUAAAGAUGCAAGAGAUAUGUGCUUAAAAUUUGCAGAAAUGGAAAGAUCUGUUGGAGAAAUUGAUAGAGCUCGUGCUAUAUACACUUAUGCUUCACAAUUUUAUCAUCCUAAAGCAGUAGCAUCUUUUUGGGAAAUAUGGCAUGAAUUCGAAGUAAAACAUGGUAAUGAAGACACGUAUGCAAGAAUGCUACGAACAAAAAGAAGUGUUCAGUUGGACUACAAUUCUAGUGUUGAUUAUAUUGCUAAUCAAGCCGCUACACAGCUUACUCUUGAAACAUCUACAUCAGCUGAUGAUCCAAUGUCUGCAUUGGAGAAAUCAAAAACUCUAUCUGGUUCUUCUACAGGUCCUAUUACAUCUCAGCAUUCUAAAUCUUCUCUUUCACAAACAUCUUCUGCCGAUAAUCCUGAUGCAAUUGAUCUUGAAAACGAUUAA